AUGGAUAAGUUUCUUAUUGUCUGCUUAAUCAGCGUGGUAACUGCUUCCGUAACCCAUCCGGUAGAAGAAAAACAAAUAGAACACAAUGUGAGAGCUGUAAGAAAUUCAGAAGAUCACACAACCUCAAGCCCGCCAAAAGCAUAUCAACAGCAUGUAUUUAAUUUUCAAAACGCGAUGCAACAGGAUCCUAAGAGAAAUAGAUAUGCGUUACAGCAACAGGCGGAUUUGCAAAAUAUACAAAAUUUAGAAAAUGUCAAUACCAAAAGACCAAGUGAUAGAAGAAGCCGAUCCAGUAAUGUUCCCACUAAACUCAUUACAAAAAAUAAUGAUAAUGACUGGGUACCUAUACAUCCUGAAAACAUGGAAGCAAGUGAAACUCAAGAAGCAGUACUCAAUAAUUUGGAGCUAAUGAAAGUUAAUGCACCUUCCAACGUAAACAAUAAACAUGAGAAAAGAAGCAAUAAAAAAUUAAAACCAAUGAGUUAUUUUCAAAAAGAAGAAGGAAAUUCAGACAAAUUUGAAAGGAGACAGGAUGAAGUGGACCAAAUUAUGAGCGCAGCACAUCCCCGAUACAUUUACAUCCAACCAAAUAUUUUGAAAAAUAAUUUUGGCAUUGACCCUAAAGAAGCCCAAAAGAUUCUUAAAAGUGCUGCUAUAUUACCAACAGGAGAACAUAAUAACUAUGAAGUUUUGAGUGAUUUGAUUGGCAAAAACCCUAACGUGCAAAUGGAGGAGUUAAGGAAAUUAUUAGAUGGACCAAUGGCAAAUAAUAUAUUUACUGUUGAUAAUAAGAUCAUGCCCAUUAAACCAAUUAUAGAAAACCAAGAUGAAAUGCCCGGUACAAAAGUCGUGGAUCAAAACAUACUAAAACAACUUCAAGAUCAAUUAGACAUGUCUUCUAAAGAACAUACUUCAAAUGUAUUACUACAAGCACAACAACAAGCAACGGCUCACGUCAAAGCUCAACACGAAGCUAUUGCUGCAGCUGCUGAAAGAUUAAACAAGGAGGCCUACGCCAAAAUAGCCGCGCAAAACAAAGGCUCGUCUCAAGGUUUACCUCAAGCCCUAGCCCUUACAGCGCCAGUACCUCAAAACCUCCAAAUUCAGUUGCCACAAUUCACACAACAAAUCACUAAAAAUCAACAGAUUCAGUUGCCACAAUUGCCACCCCAAACCUUUGAGAAUCACUUGAGGCAAUUACAACCUCAAAUCCCCAAAAAUUUCCAGACUCAGUUGCCACCCCAAAUGCCUAAAAAUCACCAAAUUCAAUUCCAACAAUUGCCAUCUCGAAGCCCUAACAAUCAUCAGAUUCAAUUGCAACAUCAAAUCCCCCAAAAUCACCAAGUACGAUACAACUCUCCAACACCACCAACCUUCAUUGUUUCCUCGACAUCUCCAAAACCAACCCAAGUUAUUUAUAUCCCAUCACCUCAAGUAAAGGAUGUUAAGGCAAUUUAUCCUUCCAAAUUACAACAAAUACAUGUCAAACCAACUGAAAUGGCGUACACUAUUGAACAUCAACCAUCAGCAGCCCCAGUGACGGCAAAAUUGGUGGAUGCUCAAACUUUCAAUAAAGAAUUCCAAACUCACCCUCUUCAAACCAAAGCGAAAUUCGUAGCCCAGCAUGCGCACGAAAUAAAGGCAGCACAAAACUAUAUAAUUCCGGUACCUAAUUAUAAAACAAUUGCCAUACCAUCAGCCAAACCCAAUAUGGAUCUUUACGCCCCUACACACCAUCAUCAAAUCACAGCCCUCCUCCAAGCCGAAAGAGUCGUAGCCGCUCAAGUCAAACAACAAAACCAAGCCAUUCUUCAAGCUCACGCUCAAAAAGAAGCAGCAAGGCAAUCGGCUUUGAUCCACCAAAAAAACGAAGAAACGAAGAAGAAAGCUCAUAAAGAACAGCAACAACUUCCGACCACCUACCACGAAGUAAUUUUGGACGAAGAUAGUGACAACAAAAUAAAUUCAAGACCAUACAGACAACAUGACGAAAAUCAAGAUGUAAGUAGUAAUAUCAUAAACGCCAAAAUGUCAGACUUUACUAACCAUGUAAUUCACAAACGCGAUACGGAUUUAAAACCGGUAGACUAUGACUAUUACACAGAGCAUAAUAAAAGUUACAUUGAUUACGAUGAUGGUGAUUACGAUAGCACCACUCUCAUUAACGAUUCCACUUUUUAUCCUUUAGAUGUUGCCAGUUCUAAUAACAGAAACAUAUCUCUCUAUGAAUCUUUAGAACAAAUUAAAUCAUUGCCCUUGCGACGUCCUUAUGUUAACAACCCCAAGCGAUAUACCUCUUUACAUGAUCUUACUCUAAAAGAUAAAGAUUCCAAAACUAUAAUAGUAAUUAACAAUCUUCAAUAUGCAGCUAAAUACGCAUUUGGAUACCAAAUCAGGGACAACAAAAUGGGUAACGAUUUUGGUCAUGAGGAGAAAAGAGAUGGUAAAAUGGCAAAAGGAGAAUACCAUGUACUUUUGCCCGAUGGAAGGAUGCAAAAUGUAGAAUACUACGCAGACGACAGCGGAUACCAUGCAAAAGUAUCCUACAAAAAUAUGGCCCAGCAUUAA